AUAUCGGAAUGUCUGGUGGACGUCAGCACCUGGACAACUGCCCAUCACCUGAGGCUUAACCUCAACAAAACCGAGCUCCUCCUAAUCCCAGGGAAAGACUGCCAACACAUGGACUUACUGGUCACCGUCGAGAACAUCACUGUAUCUCCCUCUCCAACUGCCAGAAACCUCGGUGUGGUUGUGGACAAUCAAUUAUCCUGCACUGCAAACAUCACUGCGGUCGCCCGAUCCUGCAGAUUUGCACUUUACAACAUCCGCAGAAUCCAGCCCUUCCUCACAAGGGAAGCAGCUCAGCUUCUAUUCCAAUCACUGGUCAUCUCCCGCCUCGACUACUGCAACUCACUCCUGGCUGGACUUCCUGCCUCUGCGAUUAAACCUUUGCAGCGCAUCCAGAAUGCGGCAGCGCGCCUCGUGUUCAACCUACCGAAGUUCUCCCAUGUGACCCCCCUCUUCCGGGACCUCCACUGGCUCCCUGUAGUAGCUUGCAUCAAAUUUAAGACGAUGGUACUGGCAUACAAGGCAGUCGAUGGAACUGCCCCUGCCUACCUCCAAGCAUUGCUAAAGCCACACACCCUAGCUCGAUCCCUCCGCUCAACUACCUCAGCUCGACGUCUGGAACCGCCAUCGCUAAGAGCUAGCAAAGGCCGUUCAGCAAAGUCACAACUUUUCUUGGUUUUGGGACCUCAGUGGUGGAACGAGCUCCCUGCCGCUCUCAGGACCGCAGAGUUGCUCACUAUCUUCCGAAAAAGACUCAAGACUCACCUGUUCAGAGUCCACCUCGACUCUGCAUAGCCACCCUCCCACU